AUGUCAGGGACGAAGAAGUCAGAAAGUCCUCAACACAGCCCAGCUCCAAAGCCGUCAACAAGAGGCGUCAUGAAUUGCAAGCCAUGCCAAAUUCGCAAGAACACAUCCUACGAUCGCGAGACGCUGAACGAAACUCCAGAGGGUGUUCCAAAGAAGCGCGGACCAAAGAAAGAAUCCAUUAGUGCUUUGAUAAAACGAAUUGAUGGCCUCGAGGAACUUCUGAAGUCAGAAAAAACACCUACACCACCUGGAUCCGACGUCGUCGCUACCGAAUUCAACGGAAAUCAUGCUCAUAGCAAUAUAAAUUGCGAAACUUGCGGUUCCGCAUCGUCAGACGUGUCGCCUUUCAGCGCACUCCACGAAGGAGGCUUUGCAGCAAACUCUAGCAGGGACUUUCCCUCAGUCAUCAACGCAGAAGGUCUCGUUGACAUCUACUUCACAUAUUUCCAUCGCAAUCCCUAUGAGAUUCUGGACGAAGAACUCACCAAGCACAAAUUGAGAAACAACCAGCUUCCCAAGCCGGUGUUGUACGCUGUCUGUGCUGUAGCCACAAGGUGUGUUCACGAGGUUUAG